UAUUGGAACACGAUGUUCCUAAAGAAUAUUAUUUUAGUUUCUUUGUGUGUUGGUCUCAGCCAUGGCGUGGUUUACGAUUAUUUUACGGGACAACCUGCGUCCGAGGAACAAUUGAGUAUUUAUGAAGAACUGGGUGUCACUGAUACCUGCACAAUAGAAAUCGACCCUUGCAAUGAAAAUGAACGGAGCCGAGUAGACGGGUCUUGUAACAACCUGAACAGUCCAGCUAGAGGAACUUAUUUCUCGCCUCUGGUUAGAGUACUGCCUCCAAUUUACUAUAAUGGUUAUUUCGCCAGAAAGGCCGUAUCUGGAAAUGAACUACCUUUGGCCAGAAAAGUCCGGGUAGACUUGUUGAAACAAGGAAACUCUAACCAUCCCCUUUUCAACCAAAAUGUCCCAGGAUUUUUCGUAUUCCUAACCAAUGAUGUGGGGUCAUUUCAUGACGUCAAAAAUAUGAUAGGGGCUACAAAUUAUUGUUGUGAGAAGGAACAUAUGAAUGAUUACGCAUGUACUCCAAAUCUGAUACCUGAUGAUGAUCCGGUGCAUAUGUUCUCGAAUAUCAGGUGCAUGAACAGCACUAGACCACUGACUUAUCAGGACUAUAACUGCACUAACGAACCAGUGCCCGCUCCAAUAAAACAAGCCACAACUCAAUUUGAUAAUUCACAAAUAUAUAACACUAACAACCAAGGAGAUAAGGCGAUAAGAUCCUUCCAAAAGGGACAACUGGCUGUCGAAGAAGAAGACGGAAAGCUUUUCCCUCCAAAUGGACCUAACGUCACUUGUAUCAAUAAUGUUGGAAACGAGACCAGGUGCUUUGAAAACUACAUAAACGCAUUGAUGUCGAUAAGUUUGUUCACUAUAUGGUUUGUUAGACACCACAACUACAUAGCUAGUCAGUUAGCUGAAGUCAAUCCAUGCUGGGACGAUGACAUGCUGUUUGGAGCUGCAAGAGAUAUUAAUAUUGCUUUUACUCAGCAAGUUCAUCUGUAUGAGUGGAUGGUGGCUUUACAAGGUCGCGAAAAUCUUAUACAAGCUGGUGUUAUAACUACGGAUGGUGGAUUCAGAGAUUUGUAUGACAAAAAUAAUUAUCCUCAAGUGACACUGGAAUAUGAUUUUGUUAUACGGUGGUUCCAUCUCAUGCAACCAUCGAGAGCUAAGUUGUAUGACAAAAACGGCACGCACAUCGCAGACUUCCCGAUAGUUAACGCUACAUUCAGACCGGGUCUUUUAGCCAAAGACAACAAUAUGGAAUAUUUUGCGCAGAGCACGUUCAGAGCUCCAUGCAGCCACGCCGAUGGCAGUAUUGAGGCUGACCUGGCCAACAAUGGAGCUCCAGGAGUUCAGCUUAGCAUUGAUAUUCCAGCUGGUGAUGUGAACAAGGGUCGUAACUUAGGAAUACGUCCUUACAUAAAUUAUGUCAAGCACUUCUUAGGGCUCAACAUUACAAGUUUUGAAGAUCUGGCUGAGCUCAUACCGAAUGAUAAACUUCUAAUAAUGCAAGAUUUGUAUGAAGACGUCAGAGAUAUUGAUUUGAUAGCUGGUCUAUGGGUUGAGAAGAAGAUGGAAGGGGGUCACAUGCCUCUUCUUCUUGCCAAAAUUAUAAACGAAAAUGUUCUAAGGUCUAUAAGGAGUGACCGGCAUUGGUAUGAGAGACCCAACAGACCGUUUGCUUUUAAUUUGGCUCAACUCUUAGAGAUAAGGAAAGCAUCCUUAGCAUCGUUAUUGUGCAAUGUUGGUGAUGGUAUCAUACAAAUACCUAAGCAAGCUUUCCUCAAUAUUUCUCCUCAGAAUCCAUUGGUGAGUUGCAGUGAAAUACCGAACAUCGACUACAGUGCUUGGUCGGAUCCAUCCUGCAAUAGCAACACUGUUUAAUUUCUACAACUGGCUGCCCAAGUAAAAAAACA